UCAGGUUCUACUGACUGGUGAACCUGAAGUGGACGGUAGUGUUUCUGGGUAUCACUUACAUCCAGCAGUCAGUGGCCAACAACCUGGGCUUCAUCAUCCCCUUCAUUUCUGUGCUACUGAUGCUCAUCACCAUACACAUGGUCCACAACAACCUCAUCUUCAGGCCCAAGAAAGGCAGUUCCCUGUUGACCACUCUGGGGGUGUUCCUGAACUCUCUGAAGAUGUGCUGCCUGCACUACCGCCACCUGAGUGGGGGCGUGGCCAGCUGGCUGUACUGUACCAAGGAGAACAACGGGGGGCGCUACAGUAAGACGCACGUGGAGAACGUCAAGGUCCUGGCCAGGCUCUUUCCCCUGUACGUCUUGCAGAUACUGUACCGAGCCUGCAUCACUCAGAUUCCAUCAGGUUACUACAUUCAGACCAUGAACUCUAACCUGCACCUGAACAGCUUCCUCCUGCCCAUCGGUGCCAUGAACGUCAUCAGCAUCCUACCUCUGCUGCUGCUGGCCCCUCUCAUGGAGUGUGUCACCUCCUGCUACCUGUCCAUGGAGAAAACACCUUUCUCCCCCGCCACUCUCUCAGUGCUGGGUCAUGUGUGUGCGGCCCAGUCUGUCCUGGUAGCGGGCCUGUCUGAGGUCCACAGGAAGGGCUAUCCUCUGACGGAGCAGGCCCUGUCAGGGAAGGUGCUCCAGGUGUCCUCCGUGGCCUGCUUCCAGCUGGCUCCCCAGUACAUCCUACUGGGGCUGGCUGAGGCCCUCGUCACCCCCGCCUGCUCUGUGAUCUCCUUCCACCUGACACCCAGUCAUUUCAGAGGCAUCUCCCUGCACUUCCUCACCCUGUCCUACGGAGGGGGCUGUUUCCUGGGAGCCCUCAUCAUCCAGCUGGUCUACCUACUCUCUGGAGGUAACUUGUACCCAAACACACUGCAUGAAGGGAAUCUGGAGCAUUUCUUCUUCUUCUUAGCCAUGUUGAUGACCAUAAACACUCUGGUGUUCUGGUGGAUAUCUUCCAGGUACCUAGACCUGAGUGUAGUGCAGAGUAGAGGAGUAGGAAGCAGCCUUCUAGCAGAGAAACUCCUGCAGUACAAGACCUGCCUGUGA